CAAACACAGAGCCCACGGCCGGUCGGGGCCGCAGGCCGACCGGGCAUUAUGUUGAGGAGCUCAGCCCCGCGCUCCCCGCCUUUCCCCGCGCAAGCCGAGCACAAGAGGCCGACUCGCUCAGUUCCUGGCCAAGCAGGCCACUGUCUUCACCGUCCCCGAGGCCGCCAGAGGCAGCCUCUGGCGCCGCCCGAGCUCGCGUCACGCGUAGUGAACGCGUCCGCCUCAUGUCUCUCCUCGCAGGAUGCGGUGUGUCCGCAUAGCAUCGGCCCGACAUGUGGAAAAGCCUGCUGCUGUGUUCACUGGCAGCUCUGGUCAACAGUUUAACGCGCAAUGGCGGAGACCUCUCGCUGUGGAUUAGCGAGCACCAGGUCAAGAUGUUUAGCGGGUUCUCAAUGGAAAUCUAUGCAAUUGUGGAUGGACAUGUACUACCAUACAUCCUGGAUCCAAACUUCGAGAAGUACCUGCCCAUCAUUCCCUCAGAGGUAGGCUAUGUGAACUUCACAUGGAAAUCUGGCAUAAAGAAGUAUUACUACAACUUUGAUCGACUGCAGUCCUUUGACGAGAAAAUUCUUGAACCUCCAGUAAUUUCCAUCAAAACACGAGGUCGAGUGCCACGAAGACCAAAGGUUUUCAGCGUUCUCUUACCUUGUUCUGGAAAUGGAAGUGGCAUCGCUUCCUUUGGCAUAGGAUUACAAAUUGACAGUCGUAAAGGACGUCCCUUGCAUGGCACCCCGCUUAGACUAAAACUGCGUAAGGAGUGCGCCCACAGGGGUGAGUACCUCACUGGCCCAGACCCCGAAUGUGACAAGAAAUGUGCUAAUGGAGGCUGGUGCAACCAUGAAAAAAUUUGCCAAUGCCCAGAAGGCUACAUGGGACAAUACUGCAAGACAGCUCUUUGCUACCCUCAAUGUAUGAAUGGGGGAGUUUGUUCGGCACCAGGUAGCUGUUCUUGCCCACCAGGCUUCCAGGGUCGACAUUGCGAAGGAGGAAUUUGUGCGGAGAAAUGCCAGAAUGGGGGUAAAUGUGUACAAAAGGACACGUGUCAAUGUUCAAAGGGCUAUUAUGGUUUACGCUGUGAAUACUCAAAAUGUAUAAUUCCCUGCCUAAAUGGAGGUCGGUGUCGAGGUGUUAACAAAUGUAGGUGCCCCCCUGCCUUCAGAGGAGACCAUUGUGAAAUAGCAGGAAGAAUUCCACAACGAAGUACAUGCAAUAGGCCUUGUCGCCAUGGAAUAUGUCGACAAGUUGACACAGAGGCCGAAAAAGUGGCCACCUGUCUUUGCCAUCCGGGUUGGUCUGGACGACUUUGUAAUCAGAAGGUUAUCAGCAGCUAUGAUGAUGAGGAUGAAGACCAUGAGGAGGAAGAUGAUGAUGAAGACGAUGAGGAUGAGGAAGAUGAAGAAGACGAUGAAUCAAUCAGAAAGAAAACACAUGGAAAAAGAGUGAACAUUUGAAGAUAACAUGACCAAAAUGACUCUCAAUACAUAAGAAGUACCUGAACGCAUCAUAACGCUUGAUAAAUUUACAAAACUCACAAUUUUAGUCAUGUGGUUUGAGAAAUAAACAUUUCCCUCACAAGUAGUACUUUCUUCAUCAUACAUAGGUAAAAGUUCACUAUUGGUUUGCAACACUUUCAGGAGAGCAAUAAACCAUAAUGAGGUUUAACUUCACUCCACUUCACCUUAUCAUUGAGAACCCGAUCAAAAUAAAUAAUAAUAAAAACAA